GCAGACAGAGCCCCGUGUGCGGUUAGCUCGGAGCUAAAGCUAAAAACACUUUGUUAAAAUGUCCAAAGGCCAAACGCUGAGAGCUUUGGUGAAUGAGCGGCUGACUGCGGCUGCUGAAGAGAUCUUUGCGCUGUUUGAAAGAACGAUAGCGGAGUAUGAGGAGGAACUGUGUCGCUCCAAAGAGGAGAACCAGAGGAACCAGGACACUCCACAGACUCCACGGAUUAAAGAGGAGCCAGAGGAGCAGAGCGUCAAACAGGAGGAAGACACGCUCCCAGCACAGCUCCCAGUGGGCGUCCAAGAGUCCAAUGCUGUCUGUGUGAAGACAGAAGAGUCCUCACUGCUUCAACAUAGACAAACUGAGCACAGAGAGGAAACACAGGGAGAGGACAUCAGCACAGAGCCACAUUUACACUCAGAGACUGAGGGACACAUGGAGCACUCCUCUGACACUGACAAUGAUGAAAACUGGAGAGCUCCAUUCAGCUGUUCAGCUGCACAGAUGGAGACAGAGGCUGAUGGAGACCACUGCAACCAAGUCCAGAAAGGCCAAACGCUGAGAGCUUUGGUGAAUGAGCGGCUGACUGCGGCUGCUGAAGAGAUCUUUUCGCUGUUUGAAAGAACGAUAGCAGAGUAUGAGGAGGAACUGUGUCGCUCCAAAGAGGAGAACCAGAGGAACCAGGACACUCAGACUCCACGGAUUAAAGAGGAGCCAGAGGAGCUCAGCGUCAAACAGGAGGAAGACACGCUCCCAGCACAGCUCUCAGUGGGUGUCCCAGAGUCCAGUGCUGUCUGUGUGAAGACAGAAGAGUCCUCAAUGCUUCAUCAUAGACAAACUGAGCACAGAGAGGAAACACAGGGAGAGGACAUCAGCAUAGAGCCACAUUUACACUCAGAGACUGAGGGACACACGGAGCACUCCUCUGACACUGACAAUGAUGAAGACUGGAGAGCUCCAAUCAGCUGUUCACCUGCACAGAUGGUUUCAGCUCAAGGAGCUGAUAAGAAGAAACACCAGUGCCCUGUGUGUAAGAAGAGGUUUGGGACUAAGCAGAUUUUACAAAGACACAUAAGAAUUCACACAGGAGAGAGACCAUUCAGCUGUUCAAUUUGUAAGAAAUCAUUUACUCUAAAGUGCAAUCGAGAUAAACAUGUAAAGACACAUGCCACUGAACGACCUUACAGCUGUCCAACAUGUGAGAAAACAUUUGCCCUAAAACAUAGUCUAGAUUCACAUUUAAGAAUACACACAGGAGAUAAACCAUUUAGCUGCUCAACAUGUAAGAAGACAUUUACCAUAAAAGGUAAUCUAGAUAAACAUGUGAGAACACAUGCUGGAGAGAAACCAUUCAGCUGUUUAACUUGUGAGAAGACAUUUUCUCAAAAGGCCCAUCUACAUGAACAUGUAAAGACACACACCGGUGAACGACCUUACAGCUGUUCUACAUGUGAGAAGACAUUUGUCACAAAGUCUCAUCUACAUAAACAUGAGAGAACGCACACUGGUGAACGACCUUACAGCUGCUCAACAUGUGAGAAGACAUUUAUCACAAAGUCUCAUCUAUGUAAGCACGAGAGAACGCACACUGGUGAACGACCUUACAGCUGCUCAACAUGUGAAAAAAUGUUUGCCCUAAAGUGUAAUCUAGAUGCACAUAUGAGAUUACACACAGGAGAGAGACCAUUCAGCUGCUCAGCAUGUGAGAAAACAUUUACCAUAAAGUGUAAUCUAGAUGCACAUAUGAGAUUACACACAGGAGAGAGACCAUUCAGCUGUUCAACAUGUGAGAAGACAUUUGUCACAAAGUAUAGUCUAUGCAAACAUGAGAGAACGCACACUGGUGAGAGGCCUUAGAGUUGUUCCAUUUAUGAUUAAUGGUUUUCUCAAAGCUCGACUUUGAGAACACACAUAAGAACUCACAGAACAGAAAGUGACUGAAGACUAAUUGGUUGUGUUCAUGAGAUGUUAUAAAGAGCCUAGAAUUCUGUGUUGGAGUCUGCUGCUUCAUUAGGGCCCAAGCACGAAUGUGUGAGGACAGCGAGUCUGUGACUCAUCCACCGCACACUCACAGGUCUCCAGUAUCUCCUGGUGCACAGAGAAAUUAUGUUUAAAUGAGGCUAAAACAAUAGCUGCCAAAGUUUGGCAAAUCCAGGGCUGAAAUUAUUCAAAUGAUUCUAGUGAAGUUUAAAACACAGUAGAGCACUUCCUGUAUUAUACAGGGAUUAUACAAGGUGGAACAGAGUGUUUUCUGUUUGAGAGAAGAACCCAGGCCAAAUGUAAAUGUCAUUGAAAUGUUUUAUGCAUAAAACGGAUCCAUUCUGAUUUAGAAGAGGAAGAUAUUUUUUAUUAAGUUAUUGUUGUCCAUUUGGGUAAAACAUGUCUUUAUUUUGCAAUAAGAAGUUGUAUUACACAGUUGUAUAGAUAUUGUUUCUUUUGGUUUGGUGCCACUGAGAGCUUUCGGCAGCUAACGCCAGCUAGCUAACCAGCUGCACGAGGUAUCUUGAUCAUAUAUGUGUAAUUACUGUUACUAAAUUCAUGUUCUAAUAUUGCUGUAUGAUGUGCGCAGACAGAAAUACACAAAUAGACUCAUUUAAAGACCUCCAAAGUGAGAUCAUUUUACUUUCCAGUUCUGUGUGAGCAAAGCCACGAUGGAGUGUGGAGUUAUACUGUUUUAUUUGUCUUGUAGUUUUCAGUGUUUCAUGGCAUUUUGUUAAGGCCAGUACUCGAGAACCAUGUGCAGUGUGGUCCUGGAGGAGCUGCAGUGAAAAUAAAAAUAAAGCUGUGAUUAGGAGAUAAGAGUGGUUUAAGACAAGUUAAACUUCACUAAAGUUAUUUUACAACACAUUUAAUGAAAGGGUUUUCUUCUGCACUUCAUGGUUAUAUUUCUGUUCUAGAUAUGGAAGUUUAAUUUUUAACUUCAAACAAAAUGCACAAAGUUCAUUCAAGUUAUACAAGUUAAAAUAGUUUUUGCAUAAAUAAAUUCAUUGCAAUC